UCUUGCGUUUCCGGCCAGCUCAGCGCGUCAGCCCUGUGGUGUUGUCAGUUUACAGCCUGUCAAACACUGGUUACCAGUUACCUGUAAGGUUUCAGCGGGCGGCGGAGACACACCGGGACAUCGCGGAGAGAUGGUGCUGCUGACGAUGAUCGCUCGGCUGGCUGACGGGCUGCCGUUAGCCGCCUCAAUGCAGGAGGACGAGCAGUUGGGUCGGGACCUUCAGCAGUAUCAGAGUCAAGCGAAGCAGCUCUUCAGGAAACUCAAUGAUCAGAGUCCCACACGCUGCACUUUAGAGGCCGGCUCCAUGUCAUUUCACUAUGUUAUAGAGAAAGGAGUGUGCUACCUGGUGCUGUGUGAAGCUAGCUUUCCCAAGAAGCUGGCCUUUGCUUACCUCGAAGACCUGCAGGCAGAGUUUCAUGAGCAGCAUGGAAAGAAAGUCCCCACAGUCUCCCGGCCCUACUCCUUCAUUGAAUUUGAUACCUACAUCCAAAAAACCAAGAAGUCGUACAUUGACAGCCGAGCGAGAAGGAAUUUGGGCAGCAUCAACACAGAGCUCCAGGACGUACAGAGGAUCAUGGUGGCUAACAUAGAGGAGGUGCUGCAGCGAGGAGAGGCUCUCUCCGCGCUGGACUCCAAGGCCAGCAACUUGUCCAGCCUGUCAAAGAAGUACAGGAGCGACGCCAAGUAUCUGAAUACCCGCUCCACCUAUGCCAAGCUGGCAGCCGGUGGCGUCUUUUUCAUCAUGCUCAUUGUCUAUGUACGCUUUUGGUGGCUCUGAGAGAGGAAAAAGGGAAGGAGGAGGAGGAGGAGGAGGAGAAGGAGGUGCUGAAGUGGAAAAUGAGUCUGCAGACACUACGAGAAGCUGUCACCUUUGACUAAAAACAGGAUCCCUGCUCUUAAUAAGACUUUGCAGACAUACCACCGCCCAUUUUGUUCUCGCCUGUCCAUGGAUGUGUGAUCUGAAUAUAAAUGAUGUCAUAAUACAUAGUUUUAUUAUUAACAGUUGUACCGUAAUGCGCUAGUAGUUGCCCUGGAGAUAGGUUAAGAGGAUGUGAGUGAAUGUGUGUGUGUGUGCGAAUGUGUGUGUUCGGGGGGUGGGGGGUGAUUGCUCUGUUUUUGUGGGUGAUUGGUUUUGAAGUGUGGAGGGAAAAUGAAGAGUUUCCAAAGCUGUACUGUACUUUACUGUAACAGGACUGAUUUAAUCUUGUAUAUUGUCUAAUAAUACAGGAGAGAGCAAAAAAACACACACACCUGUAUUUAUCCUGAGCACAUUAUAUGGGUAUCCACGUUCAUUAACAUAUAAUCACAGUAGUGAUACAACAACAUACAGUAUGCAGUUAGACAUAUUUAAAAAACAUGGCAUUGAUUCUUUUAGUUAAAUCGGUUUAGCAGGAAAAUAGGAAAAAUAAUUUAAGAUGGCUUUUUUAAAAUAAUAUUGUACGCCUUGCAAAAUGCUAGUUCAUCUGUGUCUAAUUAUUUUCCCCAUUAUGGGACGUCAGUGAUCCUAUAAAGGACUGUACAAAAAUUAUUAGGGAGUCAUAAAAGGGGAGGGUAAUGUUUUUUUGUUUGUUUUAUUAUUUCUAUUUUUAUUUUAUUUUAUUUUUUUGCUGAAAAGGAGAUCAGGGGAUGCGUCAUGUAAUUUUACUCACCCCAAAUAUAUUUUUCAGCCUUCCCUUGCAAAGUGAUUUAUCAUGUUGUUUUUUAAAGGGUCAAAUAGUCCCAUCAAUGUUGUCAACAUUUUUUUAAGUGUGCACAGUGGCUCAUAAAGGUGCCCUUUAUCACAUGAAGAGGACAACAAUCCUGUCACAGUUUAAUUUUCUGUUUUGUCCCAUCACAGUCGACUAGCUAAUAAGAUCUAUACAUCGAUGAGGAGAAACAGAAGAUGGAUAUUUAUAAUUUAAGUAUCAUACUGAUUUAAUUAUCUCUAUUAGCAUGUAUCAUAUAAGGUUAGUUUUUGUUAUAAUUCAUGUUAAGCCUUUUAGUUAGUAUCUCUUUGUUCUUAGAUAAAAAGUGGCUGGAAUAUUUACAGGAAGGGCCCCAAAGAAAGUGUUAAUGAUGCUGGAGUGGGCCUUGCUUUAACCCUUUGUAACCUGAGCAAAUUGGCUUGGUUUAUUCUAAAAACACAGGAAGAAAGCAAAUGAACAACGAAAGAAGAAAUGACCCAAAAAAAUAGCAAGAAAUUAGUAAAAAAAAAAAAAAAAAAAUUAAAAACAAGAGAACUAGUAAAAACAAAAGACAAGGAAAUGACCUAAAAAAAAAAAAAGCUUAAAAA